AUCAUAUCCCAGCGUUACUACAAGACCUCUUACAUAUACAAUCAUCAAUCUCUAUCAUUACGCUCUCGUUCUCACUCUAGCCCUGAACCUACGCUCAUUCCAAAUCGCCCACGUUCGCUAUGCCCAGCGCCUACCUCCUCGGACGUUACUCUGACAAGAUGCUCGGUUUGUUUACCGGCGGUCUUGCUUACCACCUUCACGAGAAUAAUCCUCGAUCCCGCCCCCCUCCCGGACACACCCUGCGAGAGCUGGCCGGUUGGCACUGGGAACAGCAUCGUGAUGCACGGACCGCCCGGGAAGCAGAGCUCUUGAAAGCCGAAGAGACGGACGUCAAGGCCAAGGAGGAGUUGGAGAUCCUGAGGAGGGAGAUUGCGGGAGUUGCCGAGCCGGGGGUCAAGAGCCGGUAGUCGGUUCAGCAUUGCCGUUAGGCACCUGGUCGAGCUUGUCAGGGAAGCCGCAUUCUUCCAGCUCUUCUACCUUCCGUUUCCUCGACUGGCCUCCUUUCGUCGAUCACAAUCGCCGUCAUCAACCGUUCCAUAACCUCACUGCAUUAUACCACACCGCACCAUACAUCAGCGGAUGCCGACCACAGGACAACCUCGCGCCACAAUCGCCUUGCCGCCCGCUCACCUCCUCCAACCGAUCAACAUUGUCAACAACCGACAGAAACAUCUCCCGGAACCUUCCUUUGUAUCCCCUCUCUCUUUCCUGAUCCUUUAUCACUUGCCUCUUCUCCCGCUCGUAUGUUGUCACUUUCCUGUUUUUGGGCUUUAUCUGUAUAGAAUGAACUAGAAUCCGAUGGGGUGCAAUCGUGGUCUUUCCGACCGGUGGAUU